AUGCCCCCGUCUUUGCUGGAGCCAGAGCAGUCAGCCUUUUUACUCGACAGGUUACUGACCCUCAUCAUUACGACGUCGCCUACUCCGUCGGCUCCCACAACAGAUCUCCUAUCGGCCGUGAUCGCCUCCUUCCACACUCAUUGCACGGCUUUGCUCAAUUGCCCCGUCAUUGUCGUAUUCGAUACAUACGACCAUGUCGUCGAACAAGCCCGCCUGAAGAAGGGUCAAGUCACCCCCGAAGGCGCUCGGGUGUACGACGCCUACAAGGAAAAUGUCAAGGCUCUAGUCACGCGCGAGUUUCUGAGCCAGACGCUGCCCAGCUUGCCCUCCCUCGAUUGGGAGGUCCGUCGUGCCGAAGCAGAAUAUGGAUCGCCCGGCGGGCGCUCCAGCGGCCACUCGGUCGACGUGAAUAUCCACUGCACCAGGGACCGACGCAUCACCUUCAUGGAGCCCGAGAAGAGGCUCGGUUUCGGCCUGGCUGUGCGUUCAGCCCUCCGCGAAGCCGAUACACCGUAUGUCUGGAUUCACCAGCACGACUGGGCGCUCGAUUCGCACAUUCCCAUUGCGAAUCUCCUCGACGCCAUGCGGGCUUCCACAUCAAGCACGACGGCUCCAAUCCGCUAUGUCUGUUUGCCGUCGCCACGGACGGUCGAGUACGAGGCUUCGAUGCACGUCGCCCGGUUCCCCGUCCUACGAGACCUGUCAGCCGCUCUGACGGGAAGGUACCCGGCGCCAACGACUGGAGAAGUCGUCCCACUGACGCCCUUGUACUUCUGGCACGACAAGCCGCAUGUCGUGGAGAGGAGGCACUACCUCGAGAGAGUAUUCCCGAGCCAACUAGCCAUCGGGAGAGGCAUGUUCAUCGAGGAUUCUAUCGGCCAACGCGCAAGGAACGGUAUGAAGGAGGGGCAGUGGGCGCGAUGGGCCUGUUGGCUUUUUGCACCAGGCGAUGGAAAACAGGUUUGUGUAAGGCAUCUCCAUGGCAGGGUGUGGAAAGGAGAAGAGGACCGAAGGGAGAAUGAAAAGAAAUGGGAUGCAUUGAAGAGCGGGAAGCUGGAUAAGGUUGCAAGCGAGGAGCUAUGCCAAGACGAACAGGAGCGGAAUGCGUAA